CUUUUCCUUCCAAAAUGGCUGCUAAUCUCGUGUGUCAGAUUCAUCCUGUUGUUUUGUUUACUAUUGUAGACUCAUAUGAGAGAAGAAAUGAAGACGCUAAACGUGUUAUAGGAACUUUACUAGGUACUUAUGACAAAGGUGUUGUUGAAGUCACCAAUGCAUUUGCGGUACCUCACAAUGAAUCGGAAGAUGAGGUUGCAGCUGACCUGGAGUAUGCCAGAAAUAUGUAUGAACUUCACAAAAAAGUGAAUGCCUCAGAAGUUAUAGUUGGAUGGUACUCCACAGGUGCCGAUGUAUCAGAGCACUCACUACUGAUUCACGAGUACUACUCCAGAGAAGCAAAGAACCCCGUCCAUUUAACAGCUGACACCACCCUUCGUAAUAACAAGUUUGGAUUGAAGGCUUAUGUUAGCACACAGAUUGGCACCCCGGGGAAGACAGUAGGUACAAUGUUCGCCCCCAUCCAGGUGGAUGUGACUAGCUACGAACCAGAAAAAGUUGGAGUGGGUGUGAUCCAGGGUGGGAAAUACAACCCCAAGCGCAGUGUGAACCUUAUAAACGACCUGGCUCAAGUGGAGAGGGCAUGUGGCAUGCUUCAGCAGAAACUCGCCAUGACCCUGGAAUAUGUUGAGGAUGUGCUGGCAAAUAAGAUCACAUCAGACAACUCUAUAGGCCGUUACCUGAUGGACUUGGUGACCAAGGUGCCCGUCAUUGAGCCUGCAGACUUUGAGGAAAUGCUUAACUCUAACAUGAAGGACCUGUUGAUGGUGACAUACCUCGCGAAUCUGACCCGUACACAGCUCGCCUUGAAUGAGAAACUCAACAUCGCCCUUUAGACUCUUGAAAAUCCAUUGAACAGUUUGGAAGUGAAAUUGUUGUUAACCAGUCUUAAAACAGUGCUUCAAGAUGCUGAAUCUGACACACAGAUAUCACGUUGACUUAUUCCCAAUUAAAACUGGGACUUGUAAUCAUAGAUUGAAAUGCAAAUAAAUAAAAUGAUAGGAAAUUGGUA